GACCGUUCUGUUAGUGCGUUAAAGCUUCUGUAAAAGCUGAAAUACUUGCGCUAGGUUCUCUAGAAUGAAGCUGAAAUCAGCUUCUUAUUCGUCAGCUUCUUGUUGGAAUUGUUCCGUUCCACCUUAAAUGCUGCAAACAUCAAAGCCAUGUUCUCCAGUAAAGGAACCCGAGCCGCUGGCGCUGGCGGGAUGAUGGCUAAAGGGCUCAGGGCCACCGCUAUGACCGCUCCAUUUGACCCUCCUCGGUGCUCAGACUGGAAACAAAUGUAUUUGUAUAUAUGCCUGUAGAGCGGAUCUGGCGAGGGACCAGACAGUGCCUGCUCAAAAUGGUGUCUCUUAUCUGCACCUUGCAAAGCCAUCGUGAUGAUGUGAACUGGUGCACAUUCUCCUCCUCCCUGCUGGCCACCUGCUCGGCAGAUAAGACCAUCCGAGUCUACUCUACCCAAGACUUCACGGAGCUGCCCUUCUCGCCGCUGUCUGGACACGGUUAUGGAGUCCACUGUUGCUGCUUCAGCCCCUGUGGUCAGUACCUGGCUUCUUGCUCCACUGACGCCACCACAGUGGUGUGGGCGAUGGACACCGGAGAGAUCGAGGCUGUGUUGGAGCAUCCAGGCAGGAGCCCAGUCAGGGUGUGUGCUUUUUCACCCGAUUCCUCCUGGCUAGUGUCCGGUGCAUCAGAUGGAACCCUGGCCUUGUGGGAUUUCCCCUCAAGAACUCUGUGCAGGAUGGGUGCAGUGCCCGACACCACAAUGGUGGCCUGUUCCUUCACCCCCUGCAGCCAGCUCUUUGCCACAGGCUCAACGUAUGGAGACUUGCGCAUCUGGGACCUGAACAUGAACCAGCUCCACGCUGAAAAAUAUGCCCACGACCUUGGGGUUACCUGCUGCCAGUUUUCUCCACAGAUAAUGAAGUAUGGUCAUGUGGUCCAGUUCCGAUUGGCAUCCUGUGGUCAGGACAGCUUAUUAAAGAUUUGGAUUAUUUCUCGGACCUCCUCUCCAGGUUGUAAGAUGCAGCUGGUACACACACUCUCUGGCCAGUGUGCUACAGUCCUGUCCUGCGCCUACUCUACAGAUGGGCAACUUUUAGUGUCAGGGUCUAUGGAUAAGACUGUUGCAGUAUACGAAGCUAAUAACGGUAUCUUGCUCUAUACUUUGAACCAGCAUGAGAGGUAUGUGACCAGCUGUGCCUUCUCACCUACUGCCCCGCUCAUAGCCUCCGGCUCCAUGGACAAGACAGUCAAUGUGUGGAGGGUGGAGGAUGGCAGCAGUGGUCAUGCGUCUGGACCUAAAGGCAAAUCUCUUCCAAAUGAAGCUGCUUCUGCCUCACACGAAGCAGGCAAGAAAUGGCCCGGUCACUCCAGGCUGACGGUGAGUGAGUGGUCAGAGGACGAUGUGUCAUCCUGGUUAUUGGAGGAGGGGCUGGAGAGCCUUGUUGACACAUUUAAGGCCAAUAACAUUGAUGGUGCAGAGCUGCUCUCGCUCAGUAAGGAAAGCCUCAGCUCGGACCUUCAUAUAGAGUCACUGGGCUUGCGCAGCAAGGUUCUGCGGAAGAUUGAGGAGUUGAAAAUGGCACCAGUGUCCAACGGAAUUCCCGAUGAGUUUCUCUGCCCAAUCACACACGAGAUCAUGAAGGACCCAGUAAUUGCUGCAGACGGGUAUUCAUAUGAGCGGGAGGCCAUCGAGAGCUGGAUCAACACCAAGAGUCGCUCAAGUCCCAUGACCAACCUGACACUGCAAACCACGCUGCUCACCCCCAACCGAACCCUCAAAAUGGCCAUCUGCCGCUGGACCAGCAGCCAGUGACGCUCCAUGUUCUCUUCCACAGGUCCACAAUCCUGAACUCCAGCAGUGUCACUCAAAAUGACUGCGCCAUCGCCUAAUAUUAACUGCAGCAUUUUCAAUAGAGAUUAAAGAAUUAGGCCUGCAGAUGUGCAGCUGUAGGCGGAAGUUCAAUGAGGCCACUCAACCCACUCUGCUUUGGAGCUUUCCCGAGCAUGCUACAUACGAUCGAUGAUCCUCAAGGCCACUCCAACUUCUCCGCUGUAGAGCAGCUUAUCACUAAAUCCGCAAGCUCAAACACAAGAGCGGAAGUGCCAGGCCCAGUCAAACAGGACCGCUAGCUUCCAGCGCAGUUGAGUCAGGUAAUUAAAGCUGUAUUUGGGAUGUUGGGAACUAGCUAAGAGCGUAAAUAUGGAUUAGUUGGAGAUCUUGAAACUAGCGUUGAGUUACGUGUGCGACGCCGCCCUCCUGCAAUUCACCUCUACGAACUGAAUGUCUUAACUCAAAUUCCCAAAAUUUAGCACUGAGCAUAGUUUCUCAUUAACACAUGGUAUAAUGUAAAUGUACCAUGCUGGCAAGUAUUUGAGUCCUUGUAAUGUGCAUGCAGAAGGCAAGAAGGCAAGUCCUGAGCAUGCUGGACUCUGCACAGUGUGGCACAGCAGGUCUUCUUGUUUUUUGGUGGCCUGGUUGUUUCUUAAGUAUCACAUAUACUUGCCUAAAUAUCUUUGCUAUGUACACUGCUGAUGUACUGUGUAUGUUUGACUGAAAUAACCUUUAGCCUAUAUAAUGACUAUUUUCCUUUGUGCUAUAUUUUAUCACUAGCUACAACAGAUGGGUGGUGAAGCUGAAGAUAUGUAGCGUAAAAGCGAUGUGUAAAUGCACAGAGUGAAAUGCAGUGAAAUGCAGUGGAAUGCGGUUUUGCACAGAAUGCCUUUCACAGAUUAAUGAAUGCGUAUAAAACAGUAGUUGAAUAUCAUUUACCGGAAGGCAAUUUUAAUAAAACAUAAAACCCAA